UUACUGACAUGCGCAUAUUUCUGAAAUAAAUUGAAGGUUAUAUUCAUUCUUUACGUGAUCGUGACGCAAUACGUACAGUUUUAGAUAAUUCAUUCACAAUGGCAUCUUCUGAGACUGGUGGUGUAAAAGCAAUGUCAAUUUAUGGCCGUGUAGUUAGAGAAAGAGAACGUUUAAUUGGUAUGACGGUUGAAGAACGCGCAUGGAGGGCAAAGUUUGUGAAAAGCCAAAUUCUUUCACCAGAAGAACCAAUAAUUCCAAAGAAUUAUUAUAAAUAUUUUAAUAAUCCAAUACGUAGAUUUUUCAUGGCACCUGUACUUAAAUUUGAAGGUCUAUUAACUCCUUUUAUGGGUAGCAAAUGUGCAUAUGUAACACGAAACACAAUAGUAGGAGUGUGUGCUAUUAUCAGUGUACUUCAUAUUGCAUACUAUUAUUAUAGAUACAAUACAGCUACUUGGGUAAGGAAAGCAUGUUGGAUACCAAUAAGAGUACCUUUUUUUGAACGUCCAGGAUGUACAAAUAAUAAUGGUCUUGUACGUCCAAAGCAGUUUGCUACAUUAGGUUUUGAAAAUUCUGUUCUAUAAAAGUUAUUGUAAUUAUGGUUAUGUAGUAUUUAAAUAUAAUAAAAUAAUGAUUCGAGUGUA